AUUUUAUUAUCACUAACGCAGAUAUAAAAUACAAUAAUUGAACAAUUAAAUAUAAUUUUUAUGGUUCAUGGAAUAAUUGCGGAGAAGAUGUUGAAUGAAGGAAAUUUAUAAAAAAAAACGAAAUUGUAAACUUGCUCCACUUCGCCAAAAGGCAAUGCGAUCUGAGGACAUCUUUUAUGAAACGGAUAAUGGACGUGCAUUAUCCUGAGGGCAGGUAAUUUUUCCAAUUCAGUUCUGUAAGACUAAGUGAGUGCACAAAAAUGUCAGUAGAAAACGUGGAUUCCGGAAUACACAUCAAUUUCUACAGAUCCGAGGAGGAAUCCAUAUCAAUUGAUGAAAACGCAGCUUAUAUUAGUUUGGACGAAGCUUUGAUGUUGCUCGCACCCCCCAAUUCCUCAGACACGGAUGAUGAGUACAUUACUCUGUACAAAUUCGAGGAGGAACCACCGAAACCUAAGAAAGUGUUAAAACCUGCGGAACCUGCGCGAAUCCUAAAAGAAGAGAUUAAUUAUGCCCCGCCUGAGAAGAAGCGAAUAGCCAGGGCGAUAUCCGCGGCAGUUGCUCUGAGGCCGAGUAACAACAACAACAACGUUACCAAAGUUCACAAAGUCGAAACCAAACCAAAAACAUCUGUGAUGAUGAAGAAGAUUUACAAGGCCAUGAGAAAAAGGAGAUAAAGCGGUUAGAACAAUUACUUUUUGGACUUCUGGAAAGUAUAUCAAACAAUUUAUUUUGUUUACUUAUUCUUACGGAUCACUUAUAACCCGUUGAUAAUCCAGAAGUUGUGAUAUUUGUAGUAAUGAAAAUAUUACAGUUUAUUUUCGAGUUUACUUUUACGUUUUGAAUUAAAAAAAAAUAAAUAUUUACUUUUUCUAAUUUUAGUAAUUCUAAAUCUUUUAAUGAGAACUCUUUUUUAUCAAUACAACACAUCUUUAAAUGAGAAGAUCGACAAAUUACUAAUUAAUUCUUUAGCCACAACUUAACUAAAUUGUUUUAAAUAAAACACGAUUAUCGAUAUUGAUCUCUGAAAGACUAUGUUAAUAGACAACACCUAGUAAAUCAGAGUGAAUGCAUAUACUAAUUAUCUGGUCUAUUCUAAUAACAGGUGUCAUCUAAUUACUGAUAACGUAACCU